UUUUCAAAUUUAUUUUUUUAGAUUUACUUUUUUAAUUUAAUUGACUGAUAAAGAAAACUUUCCAUUUAGUAAUACAAGUAUUGUUUUAUUCUUGUUUUAUUCUUAUUGCUUAUUGAAUACCAAGAAAGAUAGAACGACAUUUGUGCCGAGUGUGUCGCUUCAAAAGAACAUACUUGAAGUUAGCAGUUUAUUGCCAACUGUAUAGGUGCAGAUAUAGGUUAUGUUCCCCUGUGUUGUAAAAGCGUCUCGUGCGUGAGAAUUAUAUAUGUUUACAAUAUUUACAAAUUAUAUUCCAGGCCGAUAAAAUGGAAAUAGAAUUGAUUGAGUUAAAGGAUAUAAAGGCUGCACCGGAUAUAAUACAUCCUUAUUCGGAACGAGUAAAGUCCGAAUGUACUUCACUGGUUAUUGACAAUGGAUCCUACAAUUGCAGAGUUGGUUGGGCUACCGAAAAGGAACCACAAUUAAUAUUCAAGAAUCUCAUAGCGAAACCACGAAAGGAACGUGGCAAGAAGGAUGGAGAGCCUCAAGUAGGAAAUGAUAUAGCGAACAUCGAAGCUGUUCGAUUCCAAUUGAAGACUCAAUUCGAUCGAAAUGUUGUAACACAUUUUGAGGCUCAAGAACAGAUAUUUGAUUAUACUUUCACACACAUGGGUAUAGAUACAGAGGGUAGUGUAAAUCAUCCGAUUAUACUGACAGAAGCAUUCCUCAAUCCCAAUUAUUCUCGUAACUUAAUGGCAGAAUUAUUAUUUGAAUGUUACAAUGUACCAUCUAUAGCAUAUGGAAUUGAUUGCUUAUUUUCAUACCAGCAUAAUAACUGUCCACCAGAUGGUUUAAUAGUUAGCAUAGGCUACCAUACAACUCAUAUAAUACCAAUAUUGGAUGGAAAAGCGGAUGCCACAAAUGCAAGAAGAAUCAAUAUUGGUGGAUAUCAUAUUACAUCAUAUAUGCAUAAACUCCUUCAAUUAAAAUAUCCAGUACACGUUAAUGCAAUAACGCCUAGUCGGGCAGAGGAGUUGAUACACGAACAUUCGAUGAUAGCUUUAAAUUAUCAGGAAGAAUUAUCUAAAUGGGCAGAUGUAGAUUACUAUGAUACACAUGUUUUGAGAGUUCAAUUACCAUAUGUUGCGCCUGCUACUACUCCUGGCUUAACACUUGAACAACAAAAAGAAAGGAAACGAGAAUUAGCACGGCGAUUGAUGGAAAUUAAUGCAAGAAAGAGAGAGGAAAGGUUAGCAGAAGAUGAGGAGCAACUUAAUCAAUUAUUGGCAGUUCAAGAUCUUUUAGAAGAAGGUGAAAUCGAUGAAUUUGAUCAGGCAUUAAAAUCUUACUCUCUUGCGAAUGAGGCUGAUUUAAUAAAAAUGAUCAACAAUCUACAAGCAAAGGUAGAACGAACCAGACAGAAAAUCGUUGCUGCUAAUUCACAAGAGGAAAAUAUCGUAAUGGAAGAAAAACCUAAGAUUAAAUCAAGCCUUCAACCUAAGGAUCAACAAGAUUUUGAUGAAUGGAUUGCUGGAGUUAGAAAGAAGAGACAAGAAAUAUUAGAUAAACGUAUGGCAAAAAGACAACGAAGACAAGAUAUGGCGAAGCGGAGAACAGCUGCCGCACAGGAGAGGAUGCGUAUAAUUAGUCAGUUAGCGAAGAAAGAAAAGCGCGAUGAUGAUUUUGGUAUGCGGGAUGAAGACUGGGACGUGUAUAAAGUCAUAAAUAGGGAAGGUGGCGAUUCAGAUUCAGAAUUAGAACAAGAGAAGCUGUUAGAACUGGAAGAUGUUUUACGUCAUCAUGAUCCUGAAUUUGAUAGUGCUGGAUCUAGCGUUCCUAUGGUUCCUGGGGAAACUCACCAGCUUCACGUAGGCGUUGAACGAUUGCGAGCACCAGAAUUAUUAUUUCAACCAUCUAUGAUCGGUUCUGUGGAAGCGGGAAUUGCCGAGACAAUCGAAUUUGUUUUAAAACAAUACACUCCUGAAGAACAAACGCGUCUUGUAAGUAAUGUAUUUCUUACUGGUGGAUCGACAGCUUUCCCAGGAUUAUUGGAAAGAUUAAAACGUGAACUACGCGAAAUAAGACCUUUCGGAUCGAACUUUCAAGUGAAUAUUGCGAAAAAUACUAGCUUGGAUGCUUGGUACGGUGCAAGAGAUUUUGGUUUAAAUGGUAAUUUACCUGAAUAUUUAGUCAGUCGCAAAGAAUACGAAGAAAAUGGUGGAGAGUAUUUCAAAGAACAUUCGACAAGUAAUACUUACACUCGAUCACCUGAUCCUUUGCCAAUGAUACAAGUUCCUGUAACUUCUGAGCAAGUGAUCGUAGAAGAUGCUGUAGUUGAUGUGGAAAUUGAAUAAAAAGUAUUUAAUUUAAA